AUGGGGCGUUCAGUUGUUGUUUUCAUUAAUGAUGAUCAAUCGUCUACGACUCAAACUUGCCACGAUAAUUAUGUCGAUAUUUUAGUAAAAUUUGAACGUGAACAUCCUAAUUUGGAAAAUGAGAACUGCAUAAGUCUAUGUGAAGAAUGCUAUAAAAUAUAUGAAUUUAUAACAACAUUAAAAAAUCAGUGUUUUGAAAAAAUUUCUGCCCUUGCUGGAUCAUAUGCAGUAAAAGGUUUAACGAGUUACUGUAAAAGAUGUGAUGUUAAUUACAGAUACGAUAUCGAUGACACAUGUUGUAAUGAUAAAAAAUAUGAAUUAAAAUCAGGUACAAAUAAUAUAUGUAAAGUAAAUGUUAUUAAUAUAGAACAAAUAGUGUCUGAGUUGGAAAAACAUGAAUUAAAACCACAAAUGGCAGGAGAUUCCGAUGAAUUAAAAGCUUCAGAAGAUAUUGAUUUUCCAGCGCGCGAGGAAAACAGUACAAAUGGAAAUGAAGCAUCUUUAAAAAAUGAAGUUUUAGGUAAUAAACAACAGGAAUUAAUAAAUACAUCUGAUUUAGAAUCUUUAUCUGUCCCAGGAGGAUCUCCAAAUGCAGUGUUGCACACUAGUGAAAAUGCGGAGUCUUUAGGAGCAGUCCCUUACCUGGAAAAUAAUACAAAAAGCACACAAGGAGAAAGUAAUCUAAGUGCAAGUAUCCCCCAAAAUAAUACACAAGAUAAUCAAUAUAAUUCUCUGGAAGAUUAUAUAAACUAUGGACAUGUUGCUGCUUAUGAAAUCAUUAAUGCAGUACACUCUUUUUACAAGGCGUUUGUUUAUUCACUACUUCCUCUUAUAUCUUCUCAAAAAAGUGCUACCAAUAAUCUACAAACUAGAGAUGAAGACAAAAUGCUCACAGGUAUAAAUAGCAUAUGUGCUAAUCAUAAAGUUAACAAUAACCUAUCUCCUGUUAAAUAUAGUUCCCAAUUUGAAUAUUUUAAUGAUGUAUCUACAGGUCAAGAUAUUUCUGGUAGUGAAAGUGCUGAUACCGAUAAGAAUAUAACUUUAAGUGCUACAGUAGAAGGAAUUCAUGAUGCAGGUAACUAUGGCAUUGAUUCUAAUGAAAACAUUACUCAAAAUGGUAAAUCACCUGACAUAACAAAUGAUCUUGUAUAUCUCAAUUAUAACUUUCACUCACUAUUGUAA